GGUUUAAAAGCAGACAGAAGGACGAGGAGAACCAGACAGAGACAGCAAGAAGAAAGAAAACUCCUUUGUCUUGCAGCUGCUUCUUAUCUGGUCUGCAGAGAGAAACAUCUCUAACAUCUGAAAACAAUGGAGAACAUGAACGCAUCAUCAGUAUCUGAGGCCGGCAAGCCCAGCCCAGCUGAGCUCAAGCAGAAGGACAGCAGACAGUUUAAGAGCAAAGCUCCCAAACCUGGACAGAAAAGCUUCGACAGCGCUCUGCCGGGGCUGGACGGGCUGGACGAUGCUGCAGUGAUCUGCCCCUGGGAGGAGUUUGGUGACGUGGAGCUGAGCGACCUGGCUCAGUUUGGAACCGCCUAGAUCCCAGUCAGAGCUGGAAACCAGGAGAGGUUUUAAUCUGGAGGAGAGGAACGGGCUCUAGGCUGCCGGAGUCGUUUCACCGACCCGCCGCAGCAGUUGAGCCAUUGUUUGUUUUUUAUUCAUUUUUAUCUAUUUUUUCAGCCAAACUGCAAGUUCAGAAACCAUUUCACUCAAUCAUGUGAUUGUAAGGUUUGAUUUUAAUUGAUGACAAAAUUUGACCAGAUUUGUUGAAAUGACUUUAUUCUACUUUGAAAUCAAAACCUCACUCAUGUUUACCGUGUUAUAAUAACGAUGGAUCCAAGCUUUGCAAAUGUCUGUGUAAACAUGAAAAUUUGUACAAUAAAUCAUUUUUAUUAGUCUA